AGGUGCCACCGCACCUGCGAGCGCUCUGGGUGGCGGUGGGCGCGGGUGUCCCCCCGCCUCGCUGACCGCGGUGUCCUUGUGCCCGUGUCCCCGCCGCUCUCCGGGCCCGGGGCCGUUCCCCGGGACAGCGGCCCCGGGGUCGCGGCGCGCCCGCUCUGCGCGCUCCCCCUUAAAGCGGCGAUGCCGCCGGCACAGCGCGGCCGCCUGGGGCUCGGCGCUGGCCCGUUUAAGGCGCGGCCGGGCCGCACGGUGGAACGGCCAUGCUGCGGGCCCGGUGGGUGCUGCCGCUGGCGGUGGGCGCGGGGCUGGGGGCGGCCCUCGCCCGCUGGGAGCGCUGGGAGCACCGGGAGCGGGGCGAUGCGGCCGAGGGGCUGCUGGCCCGCCUGCCCGUGCUGCCCGCCGUGGCAGCGGCCAGCCUGCCCGCGCCGCCGGGCUCGGGGCGCACUGAGCUGAGCAAGUACGGGCUGCCCGGGCUGGCGCAGCUGCGGAGCCGCGAGUCCUACGUGCUGUGCUACGACCCGCGGAGCCGCAGCGCGCUCUGGGUCAUCGAGCAGCUCAACCGGGACACGCUCAGCGGCGCUUCGGACCGCUCCGCCUGCGACUUCCAGGAGGACGACUCGGUGCACGAAUACCACCGUGCCACCAACGCCGACUACCGCGGCAGCGGCUUCGACCGGGGGCACCUGGCCGCCGCCGCCAACCACAGGUGGAGCCAGAAGGCCAUGCGGGACACCUUCUACUUGAGCAACAUCGCCCCGCAGAAUCCUCAUUUAAACCAGAAUGCCUGGAAUAACCUUGAGAAGUACUGCAGGAGUUUGGCAAAAAACAACAGGAAUGUCUACGUCUGCACAGGACCCCUCUUCCUGCCGAGGAUGGAGCCUGAUGGGAAGAUGUAUGUGAAGUACCAGGUGAUCGGGAAGAACAACGUGGCCGUCCCCACCCAUUUUUUCAAGGUGCUCAUCUUGGAAAAGGAGAGUGGGGAGAUUGAGUUGCGCUCCUAUGUGAUGCCCAACAGCCCUGUGGAUGAUAAAAUCCCCCUGGAACGGUUCCUGGUUCCCAUUGAGAGCAUUGAGCGAGCCUCAGGGCUCCUCUUUGUCCCAAACAUCCUCAGGAGAACAAGUAACUUGAAAGCCAUCACAGCUGGAAAGCAGUGAACCCUGACUAGAACAAAUACAGGUAACCCCUGCCAAGGGACUGGCAAUCACUGCAGAGUCAUAGUUCCUUGUGCAGUUGUAAAUGUGGAAUUAAGAUUCAAACCUGUGCUUCUCUCCACUGUUCCCCUUGUGUCUAAAUGAAACACAGACGCACAGCAGGGCUCCAGAGUGGUCCUGCAGGAGGCUCAGGGGCACCUGACACUGUAGUAGCUCUCUAGGAUUUGCCCCUAAUCCACUGCUGCCUUGGAGUUGUGUGAGGCUCAUUAAGACCAAAAGGGAAGUCAUCUGUUGCUGUUUAGCAGGGAGGGAGGGGGAGCAAGGUGUGUGCCAAGGGAGGAGAGAAGUUCUGCCUUCCUGUGGCCAGAGAACUGUACGAUUGUUUUCUUUCAGAAGAUGGUUUUAGCAUUAAAGCUUUGAACACCCUU